AUGCAUUGUCCGGAGAAAGUAGUAAACGUUGAAACUCAACUUCUACAAGAUGUUGCUUAUCAGUAUGAGUUAAAAAGUAUCCAUUCAACUAACAGGGAACCAUUGUGUUUCAUACUAUUAGGAAAUGAAUCUGAUGAUAAUAUAGUUACAUUAUCGAAAGCUAUCCAUCUACGAUUGACAGAUAAUUUUGACAUAGAUGAGGAAAAGAUGCUCAGGAGUAUUGAAUUAAUAAGAGUAACUAAUAAAUCAUUGGUUCCACUUGGCUUUAUGGUUCUCAAUAGCCGUCUUUACGAAUAUGACAAGAUAAUCAGCAAAAUAGUCAAAAUUAUUGGCUCCAUUAAUCUUCUAUUUGAAUAUGAACCCAAUUUGACUAACAACCAGAAUGGGAAAGUCAUCCCUGAGGAAGAUUUGUUGUUGAAUUGCUGUAUGAUAGAAAACUCAGGUACUCAGUUGACACGAAUAGGGUUUAUAAUAAAAGACUUCCCAAUUUCUAUCCCUGUGGAAGAUACACCAGUAGCACAGCGUGCUAGUAAUGAUAGUUUUAUAACGAGGAAGCUUUUACAUGGAAGUCAUACAGAAUUGAACGAUCGAGGUCAGGAUUCAGACGACGAAAAGGCAGAAGAGCAAAUAAAAAUGUUAAUUAAACGAAUCAACCGUAUGUCAAGUUACCUAAAAACUAAUACCAGAUAUAAUGAUGAGAUCCUAAGAAAAAUAUCUGUAGUAGUAUCUCAAUUGAGAAGAGGUUCGACGGAUGAUAUAGAGCAAGAAAUUAUAAAUAAGGAAAGUGAAAUACGAAUCAUCCAACUUGCAUGUGAACAGUGGGAAAUCUCCAAUGGGGAGUAUUGA